AUGAGGAAAGUUGCGUGGGACACACUGGUGCGGUGCUACAGCGGUGAUGCAUCAAUGAAGAAGGUGAAGAUUCAAUAUCUACGCAAGCAUUAUGAGAAUCUCAACAUGAAGAACAAUGAGAAGACACCUAACUACAUCUCCAGAGUGAUUCUGAUCACAAAUGAGAUGAAGUCGUGUGGGGAAACUCUUUCUGGAGAAAUUAUCAUUGAGAAGGAUUGUUGUUCAAACAAGGAAAGGAAGUUAGAAGAAGAAAACCUAGCUAGAGGAGAUUCUGAUGAUGAACCUGUGUUAUUGAUGGCUUAUGAAUCUGAUGAUGAUGAACCUGUGCGAUUAAUGAUUUCCGAUUUUGAAGGAGACUUUGAAAUGAGUCAGAGUCAAAAGAUGACUCUGAAUCUGAAGUCGAGUCUCAUUCUAAAUAUGAGUCAGAAUCAAAAGAUGAGUCAGAAUAUGAAGGUUUUGAAGAUGAGUCAAAGUAUGAAGGUUCUGAAGAAGAGUCAAAAUAUGAGGAUUCUGAAGUUGAAGUUGAGUCAGAAGAUGACUCUGAAGCUGAAGGAGAAGUUGCCACUAAAGAGGACUCUUACUUUGAAGGUGAGUCAAAAUCAUAAAAAUAAGUCUGAAGGUGACUCUAAAGAUGAAGAAGACUUUAAAGGCGAGUCUGACUCGGAAGGUGAAUUUGACUUUGAUGAUAAUCCAUAUUCUAGAGGUAAUUUAAUCUCUGGAAAUGGAGCUUCUAGAGGUCGAGCUUCUGAAGUAAGAGCUUCUGAAGAUAUUGAUUCUGAUUCUGAAGAUGAGUUAGAGCCUGAAAAUGAUUCUGAGAGUGAGUCAGAAUCAGAAGGCGAGAUGUAUUCUAAGGAAGAAUCUGAUUCUGAUGGUGAUCCAGAUUCUGGGAAUAUUCCAGAUUCUAAAGGUGGUCAUGCUUCUGAAGUCGGUAGUUCUGGAGUUCCAUCAUAUGAUAUUUUUCUAGAAUCAGAAGGUUCUAAACAAGUUCAGAGGCCAGAAAGAAUCAGAAACAUUCCAAGAAGGUUUGUAGAGUUUGACAUGCUAAAAGAUACUAAAGUAGAUUCUAAAGGGAAGUUAUUCAAACUUCCAAAGAACAAGAAAGCCAUCGGUGUGAGAUGGGUUUGUAAGGUGAAGCUAAAGCCAAAUGGAUCAAUUGGCAAACACAAAGCAAGGUUAGUUGUGAAAGGUUUUCUGCAGAAACUUGGGUUAGAUUACAUUGAAGUCUUUGCGCUUGUAUCAAGAUAUGAAACAAUCAGGCUAGUAAUUACGAUAGUUGCUAACAAGAAUUGGACUCUAAUGCAUUUAGACGUGAACUAUGCAUUUUUGAACCGUCCAUUAGAAGAAGAGGAUUAUGUGUCACAUCCUCCUAGAUUUAAGAAAAAGAAUCAGGAAGUGAUUGUGUACAGAUUACACAAAGCUUUGUAUGGACUGAAGCAAGCCUCUAGAGCUUAA